AUGAAAGGGUGGUUUCAACUUAUAAUCGACUACCGCGAACGUCUCGGAUUGAAGCAUGAGGCCGACGCUGCUACCUCCGUCGGGAUCAUGCGCGACUUCGACAACAACAACGAGCAUGGAACGAAGAUCGCCAAACAUUACAGAAAGAGAGUGACUGAAAGAAUGAACAAAAAGUCCCUGGAGAGUGAAUGGGUGGAAGCGAUCAACGGACAAGAAGAUUUCAUCCUCGACGAAUUUCGACGAAGAGGAAAAGAGGGAAAACUUGCGAUUGACCCGGCGCCGGUGUUUUGGGAAACGGCUUUAGGAGAGAGCUCAAAAAUGGUUAUGUUCAAAUUCGCGAUUGGAAUCGAUCUUAGGGAAAAGCCGAAACGCUUAGAAAAACUUAUUCGUUGCGGAAAAGCGGGGAUAGAAGCAUUUGAUGGAAUCGAUCAGCAUAGCCUCAUCUUCGAAUGGAUGCCAAAAUUCAUCCGAAAAUUCAUCCCCAUCAGUCUCUGGCCUGAUUACAUAAAGGAGCAGAGCGAGCUUCUCGACGAGAUCAUCGAAAUUGUGGCUGAAGUGAAAGCCGAAAAUGAGCAAAAUGAAAAUGAGUCCUCUUUAAUCUCAGUGUUCGAAAAUGACGUAAAACUCGGGAAGAUGAAUCACUGGGAUGCGAUUUGGACGAUUCAUCAAUUGAUAAUCGCUGGAAAUGAUACUGUCGCCAUCUCGCUGAGGACUUUUCUCAUUAACAUGGCAAAACAUCAAGAAGAACAAGAAAGAAUUCGGAAUGCGCUAAAAGAAAGAAAUUAUGGUCAAAAAGAACUCAAAGACUGUCCGCGCUUAUUUGCAGCAAUUUACGAGUCGUUUCGAUACUCCCCGACGGUGUCCGAAUCGACUCCUUUUCACACGAUUACAGAAGAUACGACGAUCAGGGACAUGAAGUUCAAGAAGGGAGACCUCAUUCGAUCAGCCAUCGGCGCGAUGAGUUUUCAUGUCGGCAAGGAGGACCCCUUUAAAUUUGCAUCGGACAGAUUUCUGGACGAAAAUGGCGACUUUCGAAAAUACGACGCUUCAGUUCCGUAUCACGUUGGCCGUCGAGACUGUCCCGGCCAAAUUCUUGCGAAUAUUCAGCUUUUUCACAUCUCGAAGAUUAUUCUCAAGCAUUUUCGAUUGACAACGAGUGAAAUGAGCGUGUUCCAAAAUCUUCAAGAAUUUGAGAAUAUUUACAGCGGCGGAAAGUUUACCGAUGCUGAUCAUUACUUGCCAAAUUUGAAAGAAAAUCGAGUUGUUUUCGUUCCGAUUUCUGAUGAAUAA